CGUAAUUUAAUAUGCUUUUCCUUGCAUUUUUGAUUAGUGUUUCAAUGGCUUCUCAGGACUUACUUAAGAAAUGCUAUUUAGAACAAUUCACCAUAGGAGAUCCUGAAGGUAGUAUGCAUUUUAGAAUUCUUUAGUUAAAAUUUAGAUCUACUUUGAGGAUCAUAUCGUGAAGAAUCACCAAAUCGAGUACGAAUGUUUGGAGUUUAUAAUUUCAAGAGGAUACUAUAAGGUUGCUUUAAGUCUUUAUGAGAAUUAUUUCCUUCUGAAUCACAUUGACAUUACUGAUAGAAUUGUGUAUUGUUCUUCAAUUUAUUUAGCGCUUUCUUGAAGAAUGAUAAGUAUCUCAACCAGAGAGAAAUGUAAACUCUUUUCAAAUUGGCAAUGGCAAAAAGCAAUCAGGUUUAGGUAGUCCAACCAGUUGUUUAAUGGGCUCAAUCGAAAAACGCUACCUUCAUCAACAUCAAGUUUUCUCACCGACAAGACGCCCCUGCUUGUUUGAAUGCAAAGUUGGAAGUAGUUGAAAUAAAGAAUGACUCUCUUUUGAUUGAAGCAUUCGGAAUAGUUUCCCACAUCCCAUUCAAAUACAGAUAUGCCAUUAAAUUGUAUAAGCCGAUCGACCCAACUACUAGUUAUGAGAAGGUGGAAUCUGUAGGAACUAUGUAUGUGAAUCUCACAAAGGUAGAGCCAGGUAAUUGCGUCUUAAUAUUGAUUAGUCUUGUGGUUGAGAUUGACUGAAGAGGAUUACAAGACUCCAAUUUGGUGGGAUUUGAAGGACAAUUUCAGAAAGGAUAUGGAAGAAUUUGCUUAGAUGCUUGAAAAGGAGAGUGAGAGAAAAGAGAGAAAUGCAGAUAAGUAAGCUAAAAAAAACCAGAAAAAGAGGGAUUAAGAUAAAUAAAAACAAACUUCUCAAAAAGCUCAAGAAGCCAAAAGAUAAUAAGAAUAUGAACACAAUUAAUGCUAUAAACCAGGAAAAUGUGAAAUUGGAUGGUAUUAAAGAUAAUGAUUGUUUAUAAUUGAUUAAUAUUCAAUUCCC